UUCGGUUAAGUUCUUUGCUUCCCACGACAUGUCUGAAAAUAAGCUCCUUUGCGCUGUAGUUUUCUUAACUUCACUGGUUUGCUUAGCGCGCUCACAGGGGACGAGAUUUGUUCAUUCAGCUGCUUUAGAUGCGGAUGGGAGAUACAGAAUUAAGUGGGGAUUUGACGAGUCAACGAUAGCGUUUGAAGUAGAAGUAGAAACGAGGGGAUAUAUAGGAUUUGGCUUGUCGCCGAACGGUGCGAUGGCUUCGUCUGAUAUCGUGAUAGGUGGUGUGCUCAACGGAAGUCCCUAUCUACUGGACUACUUUACAGACUCAAACAGAAAGGUCCAUAAAGACCCACAGCAGAGCUACCGGCUGCUGUAUGGGAGAGAGAAUGACACACAUACGGUCCUGGCUUUCAGCAGAAACCUCCAGACCUGUGAUGACAAUGACAAAGUCAUUACGGGCAGUACAGUGAGAGUGAUCUGGGCGUUCCAUUCAGAGGAUGUGGGAGUGUCAGGACCAGUCUACCAUGGUAUGACCAGAGGCAGAAAGAGUUUACGUUUACUGAACCCUGGAAGCAGCUCCAGCAUCCCAGCAGGAACAGCUUUCUUUGACCUUCAAAAUGAAAAGGUUCCUGUUCCUCAUAAGGACACAACAUACUGGUGUCAGAUCUUUAAAUUCCCAAAGUUGAAGAGAAAACAUCAUGUAAUCAGAAUAGAGCCACUGAUUCACAAGGGUCAUGAGAAUCUGGUUCAUCACAUUCUGCUUUACCAGUGUGACAGCAAUCUGAACAAGAGUGAGAUUAACAGGGGACAUGAAUGCUACCAUCCAAAUAUGCCAAGCUCCUUCUUUACAUGUGAAACCGUCUUGUUCGCCUGGGCCAUUGGGGGCGAGGGCUUCACAUAUCCCCCACGUGUUGGAAUGUCUAUAGGAACCUCAAUAGACCCGGUUUAUGUACAGAUGGAGAUUCAUUUUGACAACCCGUCCUUACAAAGAGGGAUAGUGGACAGCUCUGGCCUGCGCCUGUAUUAUAGCCCAAGCCUGAGGCGCUAUGAUGCUGGGGUCAUCGAGACAGGAGUGUGGGUCAGUCUCUACCACAUGUUGCCCCCAGGCAUGAACGAUUAUGUUACAGAAGGACACUGUACUCAGGAGUGUCUCCAGGAGUCACUGGACAGUGAAAUGCCCAGUGGAGUGAAUGUGUUUGCAGUUCUGCUCCAUGCUCACUUGGCAGGUCGAGCUAUCAGAACUCGACAUUUCCGGGAACAGGAUGAGCUGCAGCCACUGGCCUCAGAUGACCAGUUUGAUUUCAACUUUCAGGAGUUCCAGCCACUCAGCCAGGAGAGGCUCAUCUUACCUGGGGACUCUCUAAUCACAGAAUGCAGAUAUAACACUAAAGGCAGAAUGAACAUGACCUGGGGAGGUCUUAGCACACGGGAUGAGAUGUGUUUGUCAUAUCUUCUGUACUACCCAAGGGUCAACCUAGCCAGGUGUGAGAGUUUACCAGAAAUCACCGGCCAGCUCAAAUUCAUCGGGGUCAAAGAGAUCCAGGAACCUGUUAUAACCUGGCCCUUUGUUAUAAAGAGUCCUAAGAAAUACAGCAACCUUUCUUUCACGGACGCAAUGGAUAAAUACAGGUGGACGAGGAAGAGAGGGAAGGCAUUCAAUGAGGUUGUACGAAAACUCCCCAUGAACGUCCGCUGCUCCAAGAUUGGCCAGGAUGAGUGGUCGAUUCAAGGCAUGAUUGUCUCUCCACCGGAGCUGAAGUCAGAGCAGGUGUCUGCUGCUGGUGUACCCUGCAGGAAUGUCUCACAGACUCUGUGUGAAAGCUCCCACUCUCUGCUCCUCACUGUAUGCCUCCUGCUCAUUUUACAGACCUACCUACACCUCUAAUGUCCACUGCCAUCUCAAUGUACUAUAUUCCUGUACACAUAUAGGCAGUAGUGUAGUCCACUGCAACUCUGUACAUAUCAUAAAUGGGUCAUUCCUACAAUUCGGUGACAUUCCAGCUUUGAAACUUUUGAAAAAUAAAACAUACUUUUACAAGUUUCUUCAUGUUUCAUCAUUAUAGGGACAUGUUAAAGAUUGUACUAAUCAUACUUGUAAAGCUAAAUUAAUAAAAAAUCCAGUUAAUAUUAUGUCAAUCCAGUUAAAUGGGCUGUAUCAGGGUGGACAAUAGCAGGUAGACAUUCAGUGGAUAAAUUAGCCACUAGAUGAUCUGUGAUUGAUAUCUAGGAAACAUAUUUGUAAACUAAUAUUUGUGAUUUUAUUUCUGUUAACAUAAAUAAUGUAUAUUGAAAUUUUUUAAUUAUUAUAAUUUCCCAAAUAUCUCCCAUUAGAGGGUGGAUACGUUACGCUUGACCACAUAUUACUAACACCACAAAAUUUAAGGAAAACAUAAAUAAAACAAUAGAGUUAUAAACUUAAAAUAACUCAAAGUAAUUUUGCAGAAUGGCUGAUGUCCACCUCCAGUGUGUGUGUGAUGUCAUUUCAUAACAUAUAUCUUGAAUGAAAGGUAUCAUGAAAUAACAGGGUGCGCAAUAAAUCAAGGGACACACAAAAACCUUCACUAUCAGUGUUAAAAUUACACAUUUACCACAAAUAAAUACAUGUUAGUAAGAGAAUGUAACACUAAAUUCUUAACUGUAUGUGGGGGAAAAAAGUUUAUUUUUGUCGAAGAUGUUUGACGUUCAGUUUUUGGGACAUGAGGAAGUGACACAGUGCAAUAGAAAAGGAUAUUAAUUUUAUAAAAUGUUACUUUUAAGCCCACAGAAGUGUGUAACAUCAGAAAAAGUCUUUAUUCUUUUUAACAAGCCUACUCAAAUUGUAAUCAAUACAAUUUACAAUACAAAUUAAACAAUAUAAAUACCACUGGGGACUUAAAUGUCAAAGAAUUGUAGGAAUAACCUAUAUUUACAGGCGUUCCUGUGUGAGGCAUUGCUUAACAUUGGAAAAAGCGCAGACGGAUGCAAAAAUGCUUUCAGUGUGAACGUCCCCUACUAAACUUAAAAUGAAAAAUGCUUUAAAAAGCGUUAGAGAAAGGGAGAGAAAAGGCUUAACAUGAAAAUAGUGUAUUUCUCAUUGGAUUAGUGUCCUUGUUUUGGCAGUAAAUAGUGUUUAUCAUAAGGGAAAUGUAAGAAAAAUGUGUUAACUAAACCUGUACUACUGUACAUUUAUUUUAAAUUAAUGCAGUUUUUUUUACCUUUCUCUUCCAGAACGAGCUCUGAUAUAGGCAAUAAAAUGUAAUGGCAUUUCAUGAAUAGGUGCAUUUACUGGUGUUUUAAAAUCCCAAUGGUGGUAAACUAUUAACAUGCACUCAAAUGCUAUAUGAUUUUGACAAAAUGUUCUUGCUUCUGACAAAAACACAACAGAAGACAUCCACUGAUUGUGAUGGGACGAUUUUUUAUUUUACUGGACAUUUGGGAUAUUUCGUUAAUUAAUUUUACCUGAUACUGCUUCAGAAUGAGGGUAACUUUCCUUCUCCACUCACUGUCAUAAAUUCCCUCAGUCGAUGAUGGCGGUCUUAACGAUUGUCAGGGGGAGGGAAUUGUAGAAUUCAAGUGAUAUUGCAUCAAUUACAACAAAGAAUCACCAGUUUCACAAAACAGUGUCCAAUCAGUUAAAGGGAAACUAACAUGACAGUAGAUUAUAGACUUCUGAGCAACAAAAUAAGUGGGGAUACUGAGUGUAUAUGCAAAUAUUGAUCUUUAGAAGUCAUUGUACGCAAACAGCCCCAGGAAAAAAAUAAGCAUUUGGCGUAUACGUGUGUAUGGCCCGACUACACCACUGCAUGCAGAUAUUCCGUAUGUCACCACUGGCCCCCACAAGCCCAAGUUAUUAUUAUGGCACUUUUCCGCUGCACGUUACGGUUAGACACGCAUCAAGGUUUACUUCUCUGAGCUUGCAUUUCCACUGCAGUUUAGGGCCAUCUCAACAUGGGUGGGAUUAUAGGCUGAUCGUCAUAGUUGCACCGCCUCUACUUCCGUGACAUCAUCUUAAACACAACACAAACUGACCAAAACAAUAACACAACCGCUAGCUUUUAGCUACUGUGGUUAGCAUGGGGAUUUUACACAAGUGUAACAGUUAAAUUGGCCUGGUUGUUUUAGAAGCAAGCUUACAAUAGCUGGUCAACUAAAUAAUGUGAAGAUUUCAAGCAGAGUAUAGAGUUAACGUAACAAAACAUACCAUCCUCCAUCGUGGAUCAACGCAGAGUGCAGGGCACUCUCCCUCCCAUUGCUCGCCGGUUUAGAUAGCGUCCAUUUGGUUGAACCACUUCCACUUUUACGUUUUUUUUACUUUUCCCUACACUGUUGGUUGGUCCGUCUGCACCUCGUUUAUUGACUACAGCAUGGUUUUACGCACAGCCAAUUUUUUUUUUACAAUUCGAAAGUGCCGUGAACAAAUGAUACUGUUAUCGCUGUAGUUAACUUUAAAACUAGCGGGUUGAUGUUGCGUGUCGGAAAUCCAGUGACGCUGGUAGUGACGAUUCUCCCUGACCAAUCAGAGAUCUGCUGGAUUUUUACAUCAAAUUUAGUAUCGGCUUGGCUCACUUGGAACCUCGAUUGAGGUGGUACUAAAAAAGUAUCAGGUACCAGGUACUAUCCACAGUGAACCCCAAAAAUGUGAGCAGAGUCGAGUUGUACCGUGCAGUGGAAAAGCCCCAUUACUGAAGUGGUUAUUAACAGUAAGACUCAUUCUCUGAUUUAUGCACAUUUGGAGACACGAUAGAGUAAUAAGGCUGUGUGACUCAUCAUUAACUAAAUCAAGCUUAUCACUUGCAUUGAUCACAACUAUGUUGUAUUAAUGUAGGCUGAAGUCACCUUUAGGACCAAUUUAUGAUUCUCAUGUAAUAUCUUUUGGUUCAUGCUCACUGGAGUCUCUCAGCCGCUUCAAAUGAAUGCCUCUCCAUAGCUGUAACUCAUCAUAAUCUCACCACAUAUCUGAAAUAAGCUGUUAUACUGCUGAGUUCCAGCUCACCAUAACCUACAAUGAGGUCCAAAAGUCUGGGAAUACUUGUGAAAAUGCUUCUUUUUAUCAAAUUAUGUUUUAAUAGUGAUUGAUUUGAUCGAACAUCUGAGUCAUAAAAUAUAAAUGAAUUUUAAAUAUGAGUUGGAGAUCUAAUGUCAGCCAUAUCAUCAGUGACUUCAUUAUUGUAAAAAUGAGCACUGUCAUUCAAACAUCCUUAAAAGUUAUGUAUAUUUGAAUACUUUUCAAAGGCUCUCUUCACAAUUUUAGUUUUAUUAGAAGUUACACUUUUAAACCAUCCUUAUCAUCUAACACAUGCAAAAGCCACCUGUCAAGAGCUCUGUUCCUCUCAUUUUAAGCUACGUAAAUGUGUGUUUCAUAAAU